AUGUCCUAUAUCAAGCUCACUGUGAAUUCAAAUGUGGAGAACUUGCCCCCUCAAGUCUUGAGACUGGUCUACAAAGAGGUGUCAGCGCUGGCAGCAGACCCUCCUGAAGGUAUAAAGAUCUAUCCCAGUGAGGAGGAUAUCACAGAGCUACAUACUGCCAUAGAGGGUCCAGAGGGAACUCCGUUCGCUGGAGGUGUGUUCAGGAUGCGCUUAGUCUUGGGGAAGGACUUUCCAGCUGCACCCCCCAAGGGUUAUUUUCUCACUAAGAUUUUCCACCCAAAUGUUGGCCACAAGGGAGAGAUCUGUGUCAACGUGCUGAAGAGGGACUGGAAGGCAGAACUGGGCCUGAGACAUGUGUUGCUUACCAUUAAGUGCCUUCUGAUCCACCCAAAUCCUGAGUCGGCUCUGAACGAGGAGGCUGGGCGACUGCUUUUAGAGGACUAUGCUGAGUAUGCUUCCCGUGCCCGCCUCCUGACUGAAAUUCAUGCAAUGGGAGGAUCAGGAGGGACGUCGGGAAACCCUCACGAGCCUGCUGAUGGCCCUCAGCCCAAGAAACACGCCGGAGACCCAAACAAACGUGCAGUUGGAGCAGCCGCACAAGCGUCUAACGGUGCAGGGGUCAAUGGUAGUACUAGUAGUGGCAGCAGUAGUAGCAAUAGUAACAUAGUUGCGAAAAAGAAAACCGAUAAAAAACGUGCUUUGAGGCGACUCUAG